AAGAACCUGUCUAGUGGGCGGGACCAGCGGCGACGGUUGGAGGUGUUGGGAUUGUCCUGGUUGUUGGUACACCGUAUCCUGAGCCUAGACCGAGCACCUCAAAUGGGAUUUGCAGCCCAACCACUGUGCCAGCUGAGACCACUUCAUUAGUGAUGGCUUACAGUGAGGAUGAAUGGCUUUCUCUUCGACCCCAAGAGCCUUUGCCUUCCCAGUGUUGUGGUAGUGGAUGUAAACCAUGUGUAUUCGAUAUUUAUGAGCGGGAACUCAACGAAUGGAAACAGGCAAAAGCAAAAGGAGACCAAAGUUUUUUGAGUCAGAGCUCUGAGCCAACACAAAAUGACUUGCAAAUAAUUGGACCUGAGAAAUGGAGUGCUUUUCAGAUAGAGUCUGUGGAACAGCUGACAGCCGACACUUACCUGUAUAGAUUCCAGCUGCCCAGUGACUGCUGUCUUGGGUUAACUGUCGGACAACACAUUGUAGCUAGGGGAGUUGUCAAUGAUAUAGAAAUUCAGAGAGCGUACACUCCAGUGAACCCCUUGGAUGCAAAAGGUUACUUUGAGGUUCUGAUAAAGAUUUAUGAAGACGGAUUAAUGUCUCAGUAUGUGAAGACCUGGAAGGAGUGGGAUAGUGUGUGCUGGCGGGGUCCUUUUGGAGGUUUGCCAUACAAACCAAAUCAGUAUGAGCAGCUAUUGCUGUUUGCCUCAGGGACAGGUAUAGCUCCAAUGAUACCUCUGAUCCAAUAUAUUGUAGCAAAUGAAGAGGACGAAACUUUUGUUACUUUGGUGGGCUGCUUCAGGACUUUCCAAGAUAUCUACAUGAAGUCUCAAGUUCAGGAACUGGCUGCUUACUGGAAUGUGAAAACAUUGUUUGUUCUGAGUCAGGAGUGCGAUCUGGAAACUCUUCCCUGGAGUUAUCAAGAAAAAUCUUACCGUGGACGUAUAAAUGAAGAUAUGGUGAAGGAUUUUGUUAAUUCAUGCAGACAGAAACCAUUUGUUGUGGUUUGUGGAUCCAUAACCUUUAAUGAAGACAUCCUCAACUACCUCAAUCAUAUGGGCAUCACGGAAGAUUUGCAGUUUAUAUUUUAGACAAUUAAUAACUUAAUACCCAUUGGCAUAAAAACUUACUACUUCUUUAAUACACAACAACCUCCACUAUUAUUGGAAGAAUCCACUCCAAGACUUAGUCUGUGACUCAAUUAAAUACAGCUGAAUCCUAAAAUUGGAAGAAGACCCUGUGUGAUAGCCACUGGAAAACAAAGCUGCUGAACAGAGGAUUCAGAAGGUCUCACAAUCAAAAUGGAUCUAUUUUAGUGAACGUUACAGGAUGAUAAUCACAAGGAGAAGCAUUAGUUAUCUGCCAGGUUUUUUUUCCCCUCACAUCACUACGAAGUUAUCUGAAGCAUGUACAUCACUGCUCCAUUUCAUAUCAGAUAACUCACCAUAGACCAUAGAAAUCAAACCUGGACCUACAGUGGCAGUGCAACUUUGACACUGUUUUUAUGCUAUUAAACAGGUUUGAACUUUUCUUACUGCUGCAGUACAGUAAUGCUGUAGAAACUGUUGCACUGGCUCACUGCAGUUUUUUUGAUAUCUAUUAUGCAAGACGUCUGAAAGGGGUAGUAGUUGUUAUAUAAGGACAAGAGAGAUUAGAUAUUAUGAAAGCUUGCUUGAACCACUGUGGCAUGUGAUCAUGAAACAGGGACAUGGUGCUCUCCUGUGAAAUGGCACAUCCUUACAAGCCUGGAGUUUUAAACUGUUUAGUGCCCAGUGAUGGGUCAAUGUUUAAUGGUGCAGGGUUUUUGUUUAGAGAUAAUGUAUUUCAUUGAAAUAUAUUUCUAAAUUUGUAAGCUUUUAAACUAUCUCCUAAAAUUCUUUCAUUGUCCUGUUCAAUGUAUAAUUUUUCCACCAAUGAAGAUAAGGACAUCAUUACUGAAAACAGGAUUUUCAUCUGUUAUUUUGUUGAUGUUCGUCGCUUCCAGGGUAAGGAAGGAUCUCCAUGCUGGCAGAACAUUUGGAGUAGUGUGCCCUAACUGCCUAAGUGGCAAUUGUAUUUUUCACUAAUUAUUUUAUUUUCUGAGAGAUUAAGGCCAUUCAUUCCAAUUUAUGGUCACUUAAUGCUCUGGACAUGUGCCAGUAUGAAACUUAGUUUAAAAUUACAUAGCUUCUUUAGAACCAUUGUAAAGUGUUUCUGAUACACCCACCAUCUCCAGCUCCAAUCUCAAUGUCCUUGGGAAAAAUAGCCAAUCUGUUUACUGGGACUUAAUUUAUAUCCUAAUUUGAAGUUUAAGGAGAAAAAAAGACAUUAAAAAUGUAUCACUUUCAGUUGCAGUGGACUGGUAAACAUCUACAAAGAUUUCAAUAUGGAGGGUACUUGCUGGCUUGAGUUUAUUUUCUUAUGUAUUCUAAUAAAUAAGUAUUUUCAUUUUCUUGUUCAUUAAUGAAACCUAAGUGAGUUUCUUUUUCUUUGAUAGUGGUCACAAGCAUUUUAAAUUGGUCAUAUUUCAUGACAACCUGUGGAACAGUGGGUUUUGAUUUCCAGUGCACUAUUUCCCACUAUGGUCAUGACAAGAAGGAAAUUGAAGCUUUUGUUUUGACAACCUUGUUGGUAACAACAAUUCAAAAAUAAUUAAACAAAACAAUCCUCACUCUAA